AUGUCCAAGGCGGUCUCGCAGCGCGCAUCCGCCAACUCGCUGCGCGGCGGUCGCAGCCAGCACAAGCGCCAUGUCUCGCUUCGCCAUCUGCCCGACCAGCCGCGGCCGGAAGAUCCCAUCCACCCGCACCUGCUCGACUCCACAUCGCCCCGCAGCUCGGCCUUCUCCAUCAGCUCGACCGAGCAGCACCUCGGUGCCGCCUCCUCCAGCCAUCCGUACAGCGCAGGCACGCUCCAACUACCGCGAUCCGGUGCUCAUAUUCGCACCUCCAGCAAUGCGCGCCGUACCACCGAGGCCUCGGCACACGAGAUCGACCGUCUGCUCGAGUCCGAGGGCGAGGAUGGCGUAAACUUGAUAAAAGUCGUGGAGCGCCAGGAUGUCUUUCACCUCAUCCACCUCAUUCGCGCCGACCUGCGCAAGACCAUCGAUACCCACCUCAGCUGGGAAGAGCUCACGUCGGUCGAUCUCAACUUCUCGCUCGUCAGACCGCUGGCGAUCAAAUACAGCAACUUUCGAUCCAUCGCCAUCCUGUACUGCCUCAUGCUCAACCGCAUCUACUUUCAGCGCGAAGCCACGCGCGAUCUGGCGUUUCAGUCGGUCAACAACACCCGCUCGGCGCUCUGCGAGCUCCUCGCAAUGAAGCUGCUCCGCACCUUUUCCAACGACGGUCUCGAGCUCGUCACUUCGCUCACGGCCAGCUUUCACCCGCUCGCUGGGGCGACUUAUGCUGAGCUCAAGGAGCUCCGACUCUCGUCGUCGCACGUCGACUUUGACGACAUUGUCUCGCACGGUCUGCCGCCCAAGCAGUACUCGAACACGCUCGAGCUCGCCAUCGCCUCGUCGGCAAAACGCUUCAUCUCCACGCCGCUGUGCCAGCGCUGUAUCGACGGCAUCUGGAACGGCAAGGUAGUGCUCUCGCCCGUCCAGGCUUCGCACGCCAUCCUCAACGACAGCUACAAGAAGCGGCCGCUGAGCAUCUACGACCCGACCAAGGCGCCGCUGCUCAACCACCUGCGCCUGCGCGUGCCCUCGAUCCGCAGCAAGCUCGAGUUCGUCACCUUUGUCGUCAUCCUCGUCCUCUACGUCGCUGCUCUCGCACAGAAGGGCAGCCCGACCUGGACGGUGCAGGAGACGCUCUUCUCCAUCUGGCUGCUUGGCUUUGCGGUCGACGAGCUGGCACAGCUGCAGGAGCACGGCCUCUCGUACUACCUCGGCUCGCUCUACAACCUCAUCGACGCCAGCUUCUGCAUCAUCUCGUUCUGCUGGUUCGGGCUGCGCAUCUCGGCGCUACGGCACGGCUUGCCCGGACGCAGCGAUCUGAGCUUCGACUGUCUUGCGAUUGGUGCGGUGGUGCUGUGCCCGCGCGUAGCCAGCUCGCUGGUGCAGGACAACGUGGUGCUGCUCAGCCUCAAGGCGAUGCUCUCGGACUUUGCCUUCUUCACCGUGCUCGCCAUGGUCUGCUUCUCGGGCUUUGCAUACGCAUUCUACUCGCUCGCAUCCGAGGAGAGGUGGACGUUCAAGGCGGUGCUAUGGCUCAUGCUCAAGGUGUGGUUCGGCAGCUCCUAUCUCGGCUUUGACGAGGCCAAGAGCUUCUCGCUCGAAUUCGGUCCGCCGCUGAUGAUCAUCUAUACGAUCAUGAGCAAUACGCUGCUGCUUACCGUGCUCAUCUCGCUGCUCAGCAACACGUUCCAGGUAGUGGCCAUGAACGCCAACGAGGAGGCCAUGUUCCAGUUCGCCUGCAAGACCAUGUCCGGCAUCACCACCGAUGCCAUCUUUUCCUACCAGCCGCCGCUGAAUCUGCUCGCUGUCGCCAUUGUGAUGCCGCUCAGCUUCGUCGUGUCGCCGCGCUGGCUGCACAAGAUCAACGUGUUUCUCAUCCGCCUCACCAGCUUCCACAUCCUGCUCUUUAUCCACUUUUGCGAGCUCAACGUGUUUGGUCAGGGCAUCAGCCUCACGGCGGAGAAGGGCAAGAGCAUCCUCAGUCGCCUGCCCAUCUUUAGCUCGGGACUCGACCAUUCCACAGCAGACGUCAUCGAGGCUGCGUUUGACUUCCCGAUGGAGCAGGACAAGGACGAGUGGGCAGCGGCUGCCGACGAGGCGCGAUCGGGCGACGAAGCCGAUGCGGAAGGCGAGGCCGAUGAAGUUGUUGACGCUGCCGUCAAGAAGGCGAAGCACAGUGAUGGCGGGGCAAGUCUGGCAGUCAAGGCGAAUGGGAGCUGGGAGGAGCGGGCUGCGGCCCAGCUCGAGCGCCGGUUGACGCCUCAACCUGACCAAGAAGGGCGGUCGAUCGGAGAGGCACUCGCUGCGCCAUCACAGGAUCCGCUUCCACGCAGCACGACACAGACCUCGUUUGCAGGCAGCACAUGCUCGCGCCGUCCACGCGAACAAGGCGUGAGUCGGAGCGUGCAACUGCUGCGGCGCGGACACGAGCCACGUGGGCUGGGCUCGUUGAGCUCUCCCCUAGCCAAGCUGUUCAAUCGCGUGCUCGAUCCUAGCGAGCUCGACGAAGGCCCUGCGAAAGUCGGUCCUUCACGAUCUCGAUCACGGACAGGACGUCGUGCGCCAGACGUUUCUCGCGACUCCAGUCCCGACCGUAGCCGACAGGAGCAAAAGCGUCGUCAGCGUACGACCGAAUUUGACGCUGCCACUGCAGCAGCCGUUGCUGCACUGAGCGAAGACACAGCUGCAGAGCGCAUCGAAACGUCGUACGGAGGCGACAGCUUUGAUGCAGAGCUACGCACGAUCGCACGCAGGGUGCAGGAUAUGGAGGCGCGUGGCAAAAGGAUGGAAAACCUCCUGCUACAGCUCCUCGCAACCGCCAACCGCACACCCAAUCAACGGACGCCGCACGCUCCAACCGAAUCGUAG